CAGUGGCUAGAAUUUCUAAACAUGAGCUAGUUCAGCUUGAUCUCUUAUAAUUUUGCAAAACUAGCCACUCAUUUUCAUCAUUUGAGUUACUAGAUUAAGCUUAAGAAGCAAAUCGAUACUUAUUAUAGCACCCCGUUCUGACAUGUUUAACCAUGUGUCUGCACUAGAAAGAUAUUCGUUAGAGCACCUCUAAGUAUAUAUAAUCUUGUAAGCAUAUUUCUGGAAUCCUUUGCAUUUUACUGAAUUGUUCAAGUAAUGUAUUGCUGAUUGUAUAGGUUAGAGUUCAGGUUCAUACAGAAAAGUUGGAAUUGUUGCCUUCUUACUGAAACUCAAACUCUUGGCAAUAAUUCUUUCUGAUAAAAAUCUUAUAUAUAUUUAUUUUGUUAUCGUCUAAAAACUUUAAAACGUUCCGUUUUAGUUAUUAACUUAUAGAUAUUAAACAUAAGUUUGAAUACUUUUCGAAUUCCAUCACGACAUAAACUACUUACGAUUUUCGCGCUUCCAACUUAUAAUCUUCCAUUCUACUAUCUAUGUUGUGUUAGAUAUCAAGUGAGGAAGCCAUUGAAACUGCAAAGCUAAUUGCUUUAAAAGAAGGCCUUCUGGUGGGCAUUUCGUCUGGUGCUGCAGCAGCUGCUGCAAUCAAGGUCGCAAAACGACCGGAAAAUGAAGGAAAACUGAUUGUUGUAAGUCUAUGUUACCAUCUCCUAUUAAUAUAGAUUCUUAGUUCAAGGUUGAAUAUUCAUAGGCAUCU